UCUCGUAAUGAAUCCCCAAAAAUAUGAAUAAUGUUGCAUGUAGUUUUCCUGUUUUACCUCCACCACCAUCUGCCCAUUCACCCAAUUCCUUUCCAACCAGCAACAAUAAUCAACAGAGUGCAGCUGCAAAACGACUACAACAGACUCAAGCCAAAGUCGACGAGGUUGUUGGCAUAAUGCGUGUCAACGUGGAAAAAGUUCUUGAACGUGAUCAGAAACUGACGGAAUUGGGUGAUCGCGCCGACGCCUUGGAACAGGGAGCCUCUCAAUUUGAGCAGCAGGCUGGGAAAUUGAAACGCAAACAAUGGUGGGCCAAUAUGAAGAUGAUGAUCAUCAUGGGUGUUAUUGGCGUUGUACUUUUGAUAAUUAUCAUAGGUAAGUAA